UUUCUAUAUCUCUCUCUCUCUCAUCAUCCAUGGCGCAGCUCCAUUUCCUUAUGAUCCCACUCAUGUCACAGAGCCACAUAAUCCCCCUCACCGACUUCGCCAAAUCCCUAGCCCGCCGCGGCGCCCUCGUCUCUAUCGUCACCACCCCCCUCAACGCCAAGCGCUACAACUCCACCCUCAACUCCUCCCCCCGAAUCCAGCUCAUCCCUCUCCACUUCCCCUGCCGGGAAGCCGGCCUCCCUGACGGCUGCGAGAAUCUCGACGCCCUCAACUCCCUCGACCUCGCCCGCCAAUUCUUCCACGCCUGCAGAUUGCUUAAAGCCCCCCUCCACGACCUCAUCCGCCGCCUCCACCCUGCCCCUAACUGCAUCAUCUCCACCAGCGCCAUUUCCUGGACGCAGGACCUCGCCGACUCCUUCCGCAUCCCCCGCUACGUCUUCGAGACCGUCUCCUGCUUCACUCUUCACUGCUCCAAAAAAAUCUCUCAGCUCGUAGACUCUGUUUCCUCCGAUUCCGAGCUUUUCCCAGUGCCAAAAAUUCCACACAGGGUUCAUUUUUCCAGAAAUCAGCUGCCACGUAUCCCGACCAAGGAUUCGGACUCAUUUACCGACCCGGAUCCGGCUCCACCCCGGGGCACGCUGGUGAACACGUUCCAGGAGCUCGAGCCGUGGUAUCUUAAAGCAUGCAUGGAGGAGAGAGGAAGCGUGUGGAGCGUCGGCCCGGUUUCUCUCUCAAACCGGGAGGCUUCCGAGCGAUUCUCGCGAGGAAACGAGGCCUCAAUCGACGAGCAUUACUGCCUGACAUGGCUGGAUUCCAUGGAAAUGAAUUCAGUGGUGUAUGCCUGUUUCGGGAGCUUGUGCACUUUAUCAAUUGAGCAGAUAAUCGAGAUAGGUUUAGGGCUGGAAGAGUCUGGCUCUCCUUUCAUUUGGAUUAUCAGGAAGCAGGAGAAGAGUAGUGGAAAAGUGGAGGAGUGGCUGGCGGCGGAGGGGUUCGAGGAGAGGGUGAGGGGGAGGGGGGUGGUGGUGCGGGGAUGGGCGCCGCAGGUGAUGAUCCUGUCGCACCCGUCCGUGGGAGGGUUUCUGACGCAUUGUGGAUGGAAUUCGACUCUGGAGGGAGUUGCGGCGGGCGUGCCUAUGAUCGCGUGGCCAAUGUUUGCGGAGCAGUUUUACAAUGAGAAAAUGGUGGUGGAUGUGUUGGGGAUCGGGGUGAGGAUUGGAGUUGAGAGCUUCGCGGACAAGCAGGGUUUAGUGAGGCGGGAGCGGGUGAGAUCUGCUGUGGUGGAAUUGAUGGGGGAUAGAGGGAUGAGAGAGAGAGCUGAGGCGCUUGCGAGAGCGGCGACGGAUGCGUAUGAAGAUGAGGGUUCGUCUUUCUUGUAUGUCACGUUGUUUAUUGAGGAUGUGGUUAGUGCUAAUGCAGAAAUGGCAGUCAAUGUAUUAGAGAGUGACUAAUCAAAUGUACUACUACCUCCGUCCCCAAAAAUUUGUCUCACUUUGACCCGGUAUGGAUUUUAAGAAAUGUAAUGGAAAGUGAGUUGAAAUAGUAAGUGGAUUGUGAGUCCUACUUUUAUA